AUGGCGGUUCCGGACGGAGAGUGGGCGGUCGGCCCGUGGGACUGCUGCAGCGACCCGGGCGCGGGCUGCCUGGUGUGCUGCUGCGCCCCCUGCGCCCUCGGCCAGAUCAAGGAGAUGGUCACGACCGGAAACGCGUCGACUGGCUUCAUCGGCGACAUGGAGACCUGUUGCCUGUACUGGCUCGUCCAGGGUUGCACCGGAUGCGGGUUCCUCAUCUCCAUGGGCGUGCGGACCGAGCUCCGCAACAAAUACAAGCUCCCCGAGACGCCGUGCGGCGACUGCCUCUUCAACUGCUGCUGCGGCUGCUGCGCGAUCACCCAGGAGCUGAAGGAGGUCCGCACCCGGGUCGUCAACGGAGGCCCGGACUCGGUCGAGAUGGCCCGCUGA